AUGGUGCAACUCGCCCAUAUUUUCAAAAAGGAUAAGGAUAAGGAGAAAGAGACCAGUGAAAAAUCCUCUAAAUCAUCCAAAUCUACAAAAUCUACCAAGCCCGUGAAGACUACAGACAACCUCGACAGUACCGGCUCUUCACCCCGAACGUCCUUCUCCACAUCCAAAUCUCCCUCCAAAUCUCAUCCCGCCAAAUCUUCCCCCUCCAAGUCUCCCUCCAAGUCACCCACAAAGAAUCGUUUCGCUCACAGUCGGUCUUCCUCCUCGUCUAACACAACUGUUCCUCCUUUCAAAUUCGGUACCCGGUCUUCGAAAGACCAGGACUCUCACCCGCUUAAUCUUCCUCCGGACGAGUUGCGCCGUCGUCUGUCCGCUAUGGCGGCCUCUCGGGAUGAUCAACGGAGUUCCAUGGACAUCGAUCCUCAGGAAACUCAGCAGAAGAAUGGUGUGAAUGGUCAAGAGCGCAGUCCUACCCCUCCUCCGCACCGAUCAAACUCGGAUGCUGGUGAGGCCGACUCGUUCAAGUUGGCUGGUAACAAAUUCUUCAAGGAUGGCAAUUAUGCUCGCGCGAUCGAAGAAUACAACAAGGCCAUCGAGAUCAAUCCUACCUCAUCGGCCUACCUGUCCAACCGGGCGGCAGCCCACAUGUCCGCCAGGAAUUACCUCAAUGCCUUGGAGGAUAUCGAGCGAGCCAACGAGCUCGAUCCCAACAAUGCAAAGAUCAUGCACCGCUGGGCUAAAAUCUUGACAAGCCUGGGACGUGCCACUGAGGCCCUUGAUGUGCUAUCUCGGGUACAGCCUGCUGCGACCGCGACCGACCGCGCCCCCGCCGAGAAGAUGCUGAAGUUCGUCCGCCAAGCCGAGGAGACUCUCGCCGAGGAUCGUGGUGGCUCUAUGGCUGUUUUCUGUCUUGACCAGGCCCGCCAGGGACUCGGAUUCGCUGUGAAGGAGCCUCGCAAGUGGACACUGCUGACCGCUGAGGCGCAGUUGAAGAUGAACAACAGUAACUCGCUGGGUAAGGCGCAGGAUCUUGCCAUUAUGUUGCUGCGUGAGAACAGCCAGGAUCCCGAUGCCAUGAUGAUUCGUGCUCGUGCAUUCUAUGCUUCCGGUGAGACGGAGCAGGCGCUCAAGCUGCUGAAGAUGUGUCUCGGGCUGGACCCGGAUAUGAAGCAGGCCAUUAAGCUUCUGCGCAUUGUGCAGAAGUUGAGCCGCACAAAGGAAGAGGGUAACACUGCCUUCAAGGCUAAGGAUUACCGUCGUGCUAUCGACUUGUGGGGCCAAGCUUUGGAAGUUGAUCCCACGAACAAGGAUAUGAACUCCAAGAUCCUGCAGAACCGUGCUCAGGCAUACAUUAACCUGAAGGAGUUCGAUUCAGCCAUUGAUGACUGCUCUGAGGCUCUGCGUCUGGAUCCUGAUUACCUGAAGGCUCUGAAGAUGCGUGCCAAGGCUUACGGUGGUGCUGAGAAGUGGGAGGAUGCCUCCCGAGACUACAAGACUGUCGCCGAGAAGAACCCAUCUGAGAAGGGCAUUCAGGAGGACAUCCGCCGGGCCGAGUUUGAGCUGAAGAAGGCUCAGCGCAAGGACUACUAUAAGAUUCUUGGGGUUGGCAAAGAUGCCAAUGAGAACGAGAUUAAGAAGGCCUACCGCAAGAUGGCUAUCCAGUACCACCCUGAUAAGAACCGGGAUGGUGAGCAAGGUGAUGAGAUGUUCAAGGAAAUUGGUGAGGCUUAUGAGACCCUCAUGGACCCACAGAAGCGUGCUGCCUACGAUAACGGGGAUGACCUGAUCGACCCCUCCGACAUGUUCGGUGGCGGCGGCGGAUUCGGCGGUGGUAUGGGAGGCAUGGGUGGUAUGGGUGGAAUGGGAGGAAUGGGCGGCAUGGGUGGUAUGGGCGGCAUGAACGGCAGCCAUAUCAACAUCGACCCCAACAUCCUCUUCAACAUGAUGAACGGCGGUGGUGGUGGCGGCGGCGGUUUUGCUUCUGCCGGCGGCCACUCCUUCGGAGGCCAGUCUCGCGGCGGCGGCGGAGGUGGUGGCUUCCCCGGAGGCUUCCCCUUCUAA